UGGCACUCUUCCAAAGCGCCUUCACCUCCCAACACCUUUGGGGCCCAAAUUCUCCACUUCCACACCAAGUCUGACUAUCUCAUUUGGAUUGGUAAUGUGGGCUGCCAAUCAGGGUAUGAAAACUGUCGCACGCAGGCCCAAUACACGUGGAACAAUGGGCAGAAUUGGUGGUUGGUGGAAGACUAUGUUGUCAACUGUGACUGGGCACACGAUGAGGAGCUGCGGAUUGAUUCAUCUCAGAUUCUAUGCGAGUCAUACACGGACAAACAGGGCUCGCAGGUGUUUUUCAGGAAAGAGAAUGCAUUGCAGCUUGUGUCUGGGAUGGACUAUUACACGACAAAAAUGAAGCUGUUUGAUCAUGUCAUGGGGUUCACCAAGUCUUCGGAGUUUUUGAUCGUGGGUGAGUACCUCCUGAUGAGGGGCACACUUAACCUCCAGGUCUCACUUGAUGGACGAAUGUUUGCUUCUGGGAACUUCCCUCCUGGCAUGCAUCCAGAUUCUCACGCAUACACUGUCCUCAAGUCAAGCACUAAAUCCAUCUUCCUACUCAUGACCAUGAACGAGUUUCCAAUGCCAUGGGGCAACAUCCUCAAAUCCAACUCCAACGGAACUUACUUUGGAUUGUCCAUCGAGAACAUGAACAAGAACAAUGGUGGUUUUGUCAACUUUGAGAAGUUUGCGGGGUUGGACGGCAUCACAAUGGUCAAUGUAGUGGCCAAUCCUGCAGAGGCUACCCUCAUGGGAUGUAAGGCUCUGCAGAUGAGGAUCACCCAUAAUGACGAUGGCACUUGGAAGCCACUUCUACCUCCUUCAGUGGAUUCACUGGGUCUGAAGUACCCUUGUAGGUCAGGCUGUGCACUCCACGUUCAUGGGUAUACAGAGUGCUUCGAUGCCUGGGCAACAUAUAGCAGCCCAUCCAUUGUCGGCGUGGUGAUGGCAGUUGGGAAUGUGGGUGAUUUGCUUGCCACCUACAUGGAGAGCGAUACCUUCCUGUCCCAGGAUGGCAGGUUCACAUCAGAGGAAGUUCACAAAGAUGCCCAUCUCUGGGAGUUCGGCGACUCAGGGUCUAUCAUUGUAAUUGUGAACGAUGAGGAGCCGACGGACCACAUCCUGUUUACCAUAGAUGAGGGUCUCACUUGGCAAGAAUUCAAGUUCAUGACUGAGAAGAUCAGAGUGAGGGAUAUUAUAACAGUGACAGAGGAUACAAGCCGGAAGUUUAUGCUCCUGGGUCGUUAUCCCGCGACGGCUGGCUCGGUGAUUGUGCAUUUAGACUUCUCACCUCUCACACAUAGAAAAUGUGAGCUGGGCCUCGUGGAUGUGGAAAACCCUGGGCACGAUGACUUUGAGCUGUGGAGCCCCAGCAAAGAAAGAGACUCACUUUGCUUGUUCGGUCGACAGACACUCUACCAUUGCCACAAACAGGAUGUGAACUGUGUUGUUGGAGACACACCCAAGGCACUAGACAACAUUGUAUGGAAUUGCACUUGUACACUGGAGGACUUUGAGUGCAAAUUCAACUAUGUCUGCAACAGGGAAGGUGAAUGUGUUAUUGUGCCAGCGACGAGUCCACGACCGCCUGAUAAUUCAUGUCACAAUGGAGAAGACUAUUGGUAUGAAUGCACAGCGUACCUCAAGGUGCUCUACUCCACUUGUGAAGGUGGCAACCACAUAGACCGAGGUCAUCACCAAAACUGCCCAAAUGUC